AUUUUUGUGGUUCUUUUUCUCCUUAAUGUUUAAUAAAUCUUCUUUUUCUGAAAAAAAAGAUCAAUUAAGAUUCUCAAAUCUUCAUUAUAAAAGAUUGGCUUCUUAUCAACAAAAAACUCAAAGAAUGAAAGUAAGUUUAAGGAUCUUGAUAACGUUAUACACUUGUUCUUGUGGGAGAGAGAGGAGCCCAAGAGUGUUUGAGGAUCUAAUAAUUGUUUGGCUAUUAGUCAAUAAUCUAACAUCAACUUUCCCCUUCCUCUGCUGGCCUUUUCACUAACUUCUAAGCUACCAAGUGGUAAUGACGAUGAUCAUUUAAAUCUUCCCACGAAAAUUGACAUUGGAGAUCCUCUAGGACCACAUUGGUAGAUAUGGGAAAAAGGAUGAGAAAGAUUGGCAAAUUGGACAUAGUGUUUUUGAAUUUUCAAAGAAACAUUAAUACUUGAAUAUGUUUCUUCUCCAUUGCCUGCUAUUAUAUUUUUUAUGAUUAUUGUAAUACACCAAUUUAAUAUCGAAAAGAUGUAUUAUUAUUAAACUUCGUAUAAUGCUUAAGUCAUCCACUACCAAUAAAUUGAGUUUGAACUUUUAGUAGUUGAUGGUUUGAGUACAAAAAAUUGUUGAAUUAGCGGCGCUUAUGAAUCUUAUGGACCUUGACAAGGACAAUGAUGAUUUGAAUAUUGAAGAUCAUGAUAUGCUAAUUCCACAUUAGAAAGAUUUGUGAUUAUUGAAUUUCAUAUAAGGGUUCAAGUCACAUAUUACCAAUAAUUUGAGUUUGAAUUUUUGAGGGACAUGAGUUUGAGUCCAAAAAAAUAUUGGACUAGUAGAACUUGAACUUGAGACGUUGCAAUUGUGUCUGUAAAUCAGAUAUAGUUCUCAGUGUGAGAUGCCUAAGGUUAUAGGGAUAGGUGGAUUCAUUAUUUUUGCUCCUUGAUGUUGGGUCAUGAAAUUUAUAGAAUGGAGAAUUUUGAGAAUAUCAUAGAUAUACUAACAGAAUUCUAACUUUUUAUGAAUGGGUGGCACUCCCUUGUUACCUCCUUAAUAUACUUUUAUACUUUUCAUUUUAAAAAGAAAUAGCUGGUAUUGCCCACAAAUUUUUGAAAUAUGUUGCCCGCAAAUUAUUUGUUAAUACACCUAACUUUUAGAUGCUUUAUUGCAUUGAUUACCUGUGCUGUUUUCUAUUUGGUUUUUCCUUCUCCCUCUCUCUCUUGUUGAGAUAAACCCUGGGAGUCUAAAACAAGUGGAGCCUAAAAUAUUUCUGACCCUGCUAGUUUAUAUUCUAUUCUACCAUAUUUUCAAGUAUUUUCCAGUAUCAUCAAGUGUCAUUUAAGUAGCAAUAUAAAUUUCUAAUUUAUAUCUGGAAUUUUUGUAAUUUGUUGACUACAUUGUAGGGUGAUUUUCGAGCAUACUUGAAGCAAAAAGGUCAAUUAAAGCCAACGUUAGCUGUGAAGUUCGCCCUUGACAUUGCUAGGGGGAUGAAUUAUUUGCAUGAGCAUAAACCUGAAGCAAUAAUUCACCGCGAUCUUGAACCUUCAAAUAUACUACGGGAUGAUUCUGGACAUCUGAAAGUUGCAGACUUUGGAAUCAGCAAGAUGCUGAAAGUUUCAAAAACAGUCAAAGAAGACAGAUCCGUUGCAUGUCAAGACACAUCUUGGCGAUAUGCAGCUCCAGAGAUUUACAGAAAUGAAGAAUAUGACACUAAAGUGGAUGUGUUUUCAUUUGGGUUAAUCUUACAGGAGAUGAUUGAAGGUUGUGUACCAUUUCCAAAUAAGCCAGAAAUUGAAGUUCCUAAAGCCUAUGUUGCAAAUGAGCGCCCUCCAUUUAGAGCCCAUCGGAAGCUUUAUGAACAUGGAUUAAAACAGUUAAUUGAAGAUUGUUGGAGUCAGAAUCCUUUAUUGAGACCAACAUUCAGGCAAAUAAUUAGGAGGUUGGAUGCUAUAAGCAUUCAGCUUGCCCAUAAGAGGCGUUUGAAGGUGGGUUUACUAAAAUGUUUUAUGAGAUUUGAGGGCAUAUGGAAGAGUGAUCAUGUGAACCCGAGCAGCCGUUCAUCUCGGUCUACAACCAGAUGACUAAUUUUAAAGAAUUUUGAUAUCUUUCUGCCUCGAAGUGAAGGAAUUCCACGGAUUUGGUUAGUUGUAGAGACAAGAUGUAAAUCAAAGAAAGACUUGUGAUCUGUUGUGUGCCCACAUGAUUUCGGUAUAUUGAUCUUUAUCCAUUAUUUCCAGGAAAUCUUGCAUUGAAAAGAGAAACGAUGAGCUGCUUGCUUUUCUUUAUGAGAAUUUCUGAUCGCUUUAAUUUCGAUA